AUGUUGAGGCUGCCCUGCCUGGUGGGGCUGCUGACCUUGGUGACGUCCUCUGCCGCUCCACCCGUACCUCCAGCUCCAGGCAGCCCCCUGUCAGACAAGGAGUACCAGCUCUUCUUUGCCAGCCUGCAGCCCCCCUGGAAGGCGGACGUGUCCUGCCUGCUGCGCCAGACACAUGGCUGCCUCAGCCCUGCCAUCCUGCAGCUGGACCAGGAGGAAAACCAUGGCCGUGUCCCCAAAGGGCCAGUCUGCUCUGACUUCCCAGAGGCACCGUGGUUUCAGACCUUCUGCCAGUUCACCCAGUACCGCUGCUUCAAACGCCAGUUCUACACCAAGCGAAUCCCAUGUCUGAGUUUGUCUCCUCCAAAAAACCUUCUCCCGAUGGAGCGACUCCAUGCUGUGGGCUCCUGGGCAAGGGGUGAAAGCUCCCCUACAGAAGAAGCUCCAGGGCAGGUUUCUCUCUCGUCCACUGAUGCCCUGCUGCGCACCAACGUGGACGCCCUCCUGAAGUACUCCUACACACUGUCGAGUCAGGAACCGCUGCCGAAGAAGCUCCCCCUGGCCAAGCCAGGGGUGCCGAGACCCCCACAGGACAGCGAGCUGCCUGUGUUCCCACCAAUUCUGCCAGUCCCGGCUGCCCCUACCCCCUUGCCUCCCAGGCUGGGAUCUCCUGCCGAGGCACAGCAAGCCUGGGAGCAACGCCUGCAGAACAGCGUCUGGCAGCUGAUCCACUUGGCCCUCUCCUUGGAGAUGUCCCUGGGCAUCAAGGGCUCUUCUCCAGACCUCAGCACCAAGUCAGACCCAGGGAGCACAUCAGGCAGUGCCAAGGAGGGGGUGCAGGAAGCAGACCCCCAUGGCAGCCUUUUAGCCCUGAAGAAGGAUGAGGCAGUGAUGAUCCUGUGCUUUGCAAUGCUGGAGGGAAACUGUCUCUCGUCAGUGGUCACACAGGCCUGGAAGGAGAUGGAAGAAAGAGUCCUUGGGUUCGGAGAUUUGGUGUGUGACAGCCUCGGGCGGCGGCACAUGGACCUGUGUCCUGACUGUGCUUUCUGCUCGCUAAAGAGGGAGCAGUGUCAGAACAUCAAAAACCUGAAACGUGUUCACUGUGAGACAGGCAGCUUCAGCACCUACAUCAACCCUCAGAUCUCAGCCCAGCACCAGGCUGCAGGCAACAAGACCAGCUCCUUGGAGUACUAUGGCAUGAAGUUUUUCAGAGGGCUGAGGGCAGAGUACUGGUGCAGCCGGAUAGCCACCCACGGCUGUGAGGACCCUCGUGUGGCCCUCUGGCUGAAGGCAGAGUACACUGCCUUCCAAGACAGAGAUGACCCGAGCCAGAUCUGUGACUCGGGAGGAGUUCGGCACCCCAGCUACUGCGCAUUCAAGAGCCACCAGUGUUUGCAGCAGAGCCUCUACAACCAGAAGGUGUCUCGCCACGACUGCCACAAAAAUGAGACCUACCGGGUGCUGAGCGAGAAGGAGGGAGAGGAGGAAGUGUUGCUGUGGCACCAGAGAUUCCUCAGCCUCACCACAGGGUGA